AUGCAGGUGACAUCCACGGGCCCACAGACCAUCCAGACGGCUGAGGGAGAGGGCGUGACAUUGGGCUGCAGGUACACGCCGGGCACCCUUGACACCGGAGAACUUGACAUCGAGUGGUCUAUGCUCAGUCCAGACACCACACAGAAAGAUCAGAUGCUGAUGUCCUAUAGCAGUGGCACUAAAUAUCUCCAUGGGAACCACGCUCUCGCAAAAGGGCUCAGCUUCACUGCUCACGACCCCUCGAUGGGUGACGCCUCACUCUCAAUCGCUCUGCUGUCACCUGCUCACAGUGCAACAUACCAGUGUAAAGUGAAGAAAUCACCUGGAGUCGACAUGCGCAAGGUGUCACUGGUGGUAAUGGUGAAGCCGUCUGCGCCUAAGUGCUGGGUGGAGGGAGGGGAGCUGGUUGGCGAGGCUGUGGCGCUGCACUGCCAGUCUGCAAAAGGCUCCACUCCCUUAAAAUACACGUGGAGGAGGGAAAGCGCAGGCCCCAUCCCUGCUACAGCCACACAGAACAGUGUGACUGGGGAGCUGAAAAUCAGCAACCACUCGCAGAGCUUUGCAGGAAUCUACCGUUGUGAGGUGAACAAUGCUGUUGGAACUGAACACUGCAUGAUCAACCUGAGAGCGAAUAAACCUCCAAACAGAGCAGCUGUGAUAGUCGGCACCGUCGUGGGCUCUCUGCUCCUCAUCAUCAUCCUGCUGGUAAUAAUUGGACUUCUUUACUGGAAGCUGAGCAACAGAUAUCACUAUGACAAGGAGUUCUCCAAUGAGAUCAGGGAGGAUGUUCCGCCUCCUGAGAGCCGCCCGGUCAGUCGCCACACGAGCCGGAGCACCAAUCAGCACCCACAGGUGACUUACUGUCAGGUGGGUGGGACCGAAGGGAGCUCUUUCAGCGAAGGAUGUGCACACCCCCGCUCGAGCAACAGCUGUACACCAGUCAAAUGCACACCAGUAGAAUAUGACAGCAAGUAUGGCUACGCAGUGUGA